AUGGAUGCACACCUCGAGGGCUGUGCGUUCAGCAAGAAUGCAACACGAUCUGUGUACUUCCUUGUGCUUUCCUCUUCAGAUGUGUCCUCGAUAUACAAACAAUCCAAUAGUAUUGAAACUUCAGCCCAAAACCAAACCCUUCGGGUUCGCAACGCAGCCAAGAAAGCCUGCUUAACCAUCAAUAAGUGA